GAGAAAGGAGGGGACCGGAAGGAGCCGCUGGUGCUGCGGGAAGUAGCAGGAGCGGGAGGCGGGGACCCACCUGGAAGCGCCCCGGCGCCGCUGUCGAGCUUCCUGCGGCGGCGGCCACCCAAGCCAGUGCCGUGGCGGGGGCGGAGAGCAGCCACGACGGCGGCGCCUCCCCGAGUGGCCCGAGGUGCCUGGCCCCACGCGAAAGAUACCAAGUUGUGCUAGUACAACCAUAUAAAUAAUUAAUACCUGAAGUCUCAUUGUAACAUGGACAUUAACAGUGAUGACAGAUAAAUACAGACGCUUUGGAAUCAAAUACUAGGCGAAACACUUAUAAAAGAAAGGAAUUUAGGAAGUUCUAGUAUUCUCCAUGGCUGAAGCUGAGAGUCUGAAACCCUGAUGCUUAAGCUCUAUUCUAGAUCAUAGCUCCAACUCCUUCAGGAUAUAAGGAAAAGAGAUAAUAUUUCCACAAUGAUAGAUCUUUGGUUAUACAGGUUUCCCAAUGAGUGGAUCAUGAUGACCGUAUUGUAGGGACUUGCCAUAGUAUGGCUGCUUCCCGAUCUACUCGUGUUACAAGAUCAACAGUGGGGUUAAACGGCUUGGAUGAAUCUUUUUGUGGUAGAACUUUAAGGAAUCGUAGCAUUGCUCAUCCCGAAGAAAUCUCUUCUCAUUCUCAAGUACGAUCAAGAUCACCAAAGAAGAGACCAGAGCCUGUGCAAGUUCAGAAAGGAAAUAAUAAUGGAAGAACUACUGAUGUAAAACAGCAAAGUACUCGAGAAUCAUGGGUAAGCCCUAGGAAAAGAGGACUUCCUUCUUCAGAAAAAGAUAUCAUAGAAAGGCAGGCUGUAGAAAAUUGUGAGAGAAGGCAAACAGAACCUGUUUCACCAGUUUUAAAAAGAAUUAAGCGUUGUCUUAGAUCUGAAGCUCCAAACAGUUCAGAAGAAGAUUCACCUAUAAAAUCAGACAAGGAGUCAGUAGAACAGAGAAGUACAGUAGUGGACAAUGAUGCAGAUUUUCAAGGGACUAAACGAGCUUGUCGAUGUCUUAUACUGGAUGAUUGUGAGAAAAGGGAAAUUAAAAAGGUGAAUGUCAGUGAGGAAGGGCCACUUAACUCUGCAGUAGUUGAAGAAAUCACAGGCUAUUUGGCUGUCAAUGGUGUUGAUGACAGUGAUUCAGCUGUUAUAAACUGUGAUGACUGUCAGCCCGAUGGGAACACUAAACAAAAUAGCACUGGUUCCUAUGUGUUGCAGGAAAAAUCAGUAGCUGAAAAUGGGGAUUCGGAUACCCACACUUCAAUGUUCCUUGAUGGUAGGAAGGAGGACAGUUAUAUAGACCAUAACGUGCCUUGCACAAAUUCAGAAGUGCAGGUCAAGUUGGAGGACCACAAAAUAGUAACUGCCUGCCUGCCUGUGGAACAUGUUAAUCAGCUGACUACUGAGCCAGCUACAGGCCCCUAUUCUGAAAUUCAUUCAUCUUUAAGGGAUUCUGAGGAGGAAGUAGAUGUGGUGGGAGAUAGCAGUGCCUCAAAAGAGCAGUGUAAUGAAAACACCAGUAACGCCCUGGACACAAGUCUCGAGAGUAUGCCAGUCUCCAGAGAACCAGAAUCGUCUUCUGUUCUAGACUGUGUUUCAGCUCAAAUGAUGUCUUUAUCGGAACCUCAAGAACAUCGGUAUACUCUGAGAACUUCACCACGGAGGGCGGCCCCUACCAGAGGUAGUCCCACUAAGAACAGUUCUCCUUGCAGAGAGAAUGGACCAUUUGAGGAGAAUAAUCUUAAUCCCAAUGAAACAAAUGCAAGUGUUAGUGAUAAUAUAAGUGAGUCUCUCACAAAUCCUGAUGAAAUUUCUCAGAAUGAAAAAGGGAUAUGUUGUGGCUCUGAAAAUUAUGGGAGUGAAGGACUAAGUAAGUCGUCCUCGGAGGCAAGACUCAAUAUUGGACAUUUGCCACCAGCCAAAGAGAGUGCCAAUCCGCACGCUACGGAAGAGGAAGAUGAUGAUCCUGAUGUUUAUUACUUUGAAUCAGAUCAUGUGGCACUGAAACACAACAAAGAUUAUCAGAGACUGUUGCAGACAAUUGCUGUCCUUGAGGCUCAGCGUUCUCAAGCAGUCCAAGACCUUGAAAGUUUAGGCAGACAUCAGAGAGAAGCACUAAAAAAUCCCAUUGGAUUUGUGGAAAAACUCCAGAAAAAGGCCGAUAUAGGGCUUCCAUAUCCACAGAGAGUUGUUCAAUUGCCUGAGAUUGUAUGGGACCAAUAUACCAAUAGCCUCGGGAACUUUGAAAGAGAAUUUAAAAAUCGUAAAAGACAUACUAGGAGAGUUAAGCUAGUUUUUGAUAAAGUAGGUUUACCUGCUAGACCAAAAAGUCCUCUAGAUUCUAGGAAAGAUGGCGAGUCCCUUUCAUACUCUAUGUUGCCUUUGAGUGAUGGUCCAGAAGGCUCGAAUAGUCGUCCUCAGAUGAUAAGAGGACGCCUGUGUGAUGAUACCAAGCCUGAAACAUUUAACCAGCUGUGGACUGUUGAAGAACAGAAAAAGCUUGAACAACUACUCCUGAAAUACCCUCCUGAAGAAGUAGAAUCUCGACGCUGGCAGAAGAUAGCAGAUGAACUGGGUAAUAGGACAGCAAAACAGGUUGCCAGCCGAGUGCAGAAGUAUUUCAUAAAACUAACUAAAGCUGGCAUUCCAGUCCCAGGCAGAACACCAAACUUAUAUAUAUACUCCAAAAAGUCUUCAACAAGCAGACGACAGCACCCCCUUAAUAAGCAUCUCUUUAAACCUUCCACUUUCAUGACUUCCCAUGAACCGCCAGUCUAUAUGGAUGAAGAUGAUGACCGAUCCUGUUUUCAUAGCCACAUGAGCACUGCUAUUGAGGAGACGUCAGAUGAAGAAAGUAUUCCUAUCAUGUAUAGGAAUUUACCUGAAUAUAAGGAACUUUUACAGUUUAAAAAGUUGAAGAAACAGAAACUUCAGCAAAUGCAAGCUGAAAGUGGAUUUGUACAACAUGUGGGCUUCAAGUGUGAUAACUGUGGCAUAGAACCUAUCCAGGGUGUUCGGUGGCACUGCCAGGAUUGUCCUCCAGAAAUGUCUUUGGAUUUCUGUGAUUCUUGUUCAGACUGCCUUCAUGAAACAGAUAUUCACAAGGAAGAUCACCAACUAGAACCUGUUUAUAGGUCAGAGACAUUCUUAGACAGAGACUACUGUGUGUCCCAGGGCACCAGUUAUAAUUAUCUUGACCCAAACUACUUUCCAGCAAACAGAUGACAUGGAAGAGAACAUCACAUACUAGUCCUCUUCAACACAUAGCAAUGGUAUCAUUGUGAAUUACGUGCAGUUUGGAAAGAUUCUCUGCUUUCCCUGAAAUGACACUCACAGCAUGACAGCUUCCUGAGUGUUCUCGUCAAGUCCAGCUCCGCACCGUUGUGGCUCUAGAUCACUGUUCAGCAGCUGAACAUUCCUGGUGAGCAAAGGGUUUCCCUGGUGAAUUUCUCACCACUACCUUAAAGCCUUUUAGGUGGUGAUCUUAAAUGGGUGAGAUGGAAACGAGAGCACACAUAAAAGAGAGAGUAAAUUCCAAAGGUUUCCGAGAACUUGGUCAUAAAUAUGCUAACGAGAAGACAAAGUAUUUAUAUUAAAACAGUUUAGUAGCUUUCAGUUUUGUGAAAAUAGUUUUCAGCACAGAAACUGACUUCUUUAGACAAAGUUUUAACCAAUGAUGGUGUUUGCUUCUAGGAUAUAUACACUUUAAAAGAACUCACUGUCCCAGUGGUGGCCACUGAUGGCCUUUAGUAAAUUGGAGCUGCUUAACCAUAUUGAUGUCUAAUUUCUUUUAACCACAAUGAACUAUCCUUAUUACCAACAGCGAAGCACUACAGGAGGCAACUGUGGCAUUGCUUCCUUAACCAGCUCAUGGUGUGUGAAUGUUAUAAAAUUGUCACUCAGAUAUAUUUUUUAAAUGUAAUGUUAUAUAAGAUGAUCAUGUGAUGUGUACAAACUAUGGUGAAAAGUGCCAGUGGUAGUAACUGUGUAAAGUCUGAUUCACAACAUUAAUUCCUUUAAAAUACACAGCCUUCUGCCUCUGUAUUUGGAGUUGUCAGUGCAACUCAUUGAAGAAAACUGCCUAAAAUAAAAUCAUAUAUAUGGUAAUAAUUUCCCUCUUUUGUAGUCUGCACAAGAUCCAUAAAAGAUUGUAUUUUUAUUACUAUUUAAACAAGUGAUUAAAUUUAGUCUGUGCAGUGAGCAAGAGUUCACAUGCAUUCUUUUAUACUGCUGGAUUUUGUUGUGCAUCAUUUAAAACAUUUUGUAUGUUUCUUCUUAUCUGUGUAUACAGUAUGUUCUUGAAUAAUGUUCAUUUGUCAGGAGAACUGUGAGAAAUAAACUAUGUGGAUACUGUCUGUUUAUAUUAUAGAAUGCUUGUUGUGACUUCCUUUGGUCAAAUUUUGGAUUUUUUUUUUUUAACUAGUAUGGAAACAAAAAAAAAAUGUUGGGUUUUUUUGUUUUUUUUUUUUUUUAAACGUAUCUUUUAAAAGGAGUAAGGACUAUGUGGCAGAAAAGAGGAGAAGCUCUGUAAAAGAUGGUAUCAAGUUUUCACUCAGCGUGUAUGUGCUGAAACACUAAAUUAAAGUAGGUUAUAAAAAAGAACACAUACUGUGGUUGAAGAAAAAGGGAAUAUUUAAUGUCCAGAUGUGAAAACUAAGGUUGAAAAAUUUUACUCAUUCUUUUUAAUGGAAUUAAGUCCCCCAUGUAUUUAACCUAAAUACAUGGUUUUUGAAAAUCACUAAUUAUUAACUAUUGGAAAAGGCAAUAUUAGCAAUUCUAAGAUCGGCUAAGUAGUAUACUGAUCCAAUUUUUGGAGCCUCCUGUUUUUUCCAAUUUUAAAUCAAGGGAACAGUAUUUACCAAUCCUCUUCAAUACAUUGUAGGGUACUGAAAGCUUACCCUGAAUUUUUUAACUGAGAAAAGUAAUAUAAUUUUAACUAUAGAAAUAUGAGAAUUUUAAAGUAAUAUAUAAAGAAUACUGAUGAUUUUCAUAAAAUAUAUCAUAUCAGAAAGAAAAGAAAAUGGAUUUAAGCUGGAAAACUCAACCUGGAAUUAUUAGUUGGGGAAAGAUGGGGGGGAACCAUUAGUAUUCUGGGAAUUUGGCUAUUAAAUGUCAAGUGACUAUGCCAGACGAUCUACCUUCGACUUGUAAUAAGACAGUAGCACGUAAUGGUAAUUUCUGUAACUACCAUGUUUGCAUGGAAAUAAUACUAGUCAGUUUUGGAGAACCAUUCAGAUCCAUUCAAAAAUUCCAUAAAGUAUACAGUAUGCUUUGAAAGAGUGAUAGAAUUCUAUAUAUGUAUACAGAAUAGACAAAAUAUAUUCACUUAAAAAUUUUUUUUAAAUGGCUGCACCUGUGGCAUAUGGGGGUUCCGGGGCCAGGGACUGAAUCUGAGCCAAGCUGUGACCUAUGCCGCAGCUGCGGCAACACCAGAUCCUAUAAUCCACUGCAUUGGGCCAGGGAUUGAUCAAACCUGUACCUCCACAGUGACCCACGGCCCUGCAGUCGGAUUCUUAACCCACUCUGCCACAGCAGGAACUCCUAAAUGUAUUUUUUUUUUUAAGGCAAAGAUUUUGAGAAUUUUGAGUGGCAAAGAAAAUUACUUUCUGCUUAAGCAAAGAUGUAUUUAUUUGGUGUUUUUCAGCUCCAACCAAAUAGUCCUCAUGGCUUUAAAGGAAUAGAGUAGUGGUCAUGUGUGUUGUUUUACUUUGAGGACUGCAGGAAUGAGCAAGGCUGUCAUUCACAAGUAGGCCUUCUAUCUCUUGCAUAGGUGUUUUGGUUGUAAACGACAAUGUAGAUGUACCUGUUAAAGCAUCACCUAUUUAGCAGUAUUCAGUAGGUCACUUGUAUUUCCUGAAAUAUUAUGCUCAAGUUAUUUGCUAAGAACUGAAGAAACUUAAUGACACCUAACGCCACUGCUUUAAGGUUUAGGCAGAGGGGUUUUGGUUGGUGUGAUAUGCACUAAGAAUAAUAGCAAACACAGGUAGAGUGCUUGCUGUGUGCUGAGUCAGCACAGAGUAAUGAAUUUAAUUCUACAACCUUUGGAGGCAGGUUCAUUUAUCUGUUUUCAUUUGAGGAAAUCUAGCCAGAGAAGUGAAAGUAACUUGCCCAAGGUCAUAGACUUAGUAAAGUGGCACUGCUCGGAUUUUAACCUAGACAGAUUGCCCCAGAGUCAGCAUCUGCCUCACGUCCCUGUUUCCCGAGCAGGACUAUUCCCUUCGUGUCAGGGGUCACCAAGGUGGUGCAGGUGUGCGGGGAGUUUUCUGUCUUUUUUCUGCUGUGGUAUGCAUCCUAGAGUACAAACCUGAACACAUGUCUGUGUUCAUAGCUCAGAAGAGAAAAGCAUACCUGUGGAUGGGGAACAAGCAAUGGUCUGCCCUAUGAAUUGGAAAAACACACAUAAUUUCCAUAUUCUAAUUCAGUGACAAAACGUGAGGCUUUAGGCACAGCUGGGACUAAAGGCCUCAGGUGGGAUUUGUUUCCGUGCAUGUUUGGUGCCUCUCACUUAACCUAAUAUGGUAUGCCUUGUCUGUUUGUCUCUCCUUUUCCCUUUGAAUUACAUUGUAGAACACAACAACUUACAGAGGUAUGAAGAACUUUUUUUUUUUAAAAUGAAAUGGAAAAAAUAGUAUAUGACAGGUAGUAAGGAUAAAUACUUCUUGCAAAAUUUCUUUUUUACAAAUUCAAGCGUGGCAUGCUAUAUAUAAACUAUAUUUCUUACUGUGGAUAACAAACCUUGAAGGCCAUUGUUUUAGGUGCACUGGAUGGAAUUGAGUCUCCAGAUAACAAGUAGAUUUUUCCACAAGAUACUUGAAGUAUUGUGUCCUUCUUAGUCUGGAAGGGGUUUGUUUUCAUUUCCUAUCUUGAUGAAAAAUGUGCUGUGUAUAUGAUCCCAGAAAAACAAAAAAACUUUCCCUCCACAGUUCAAGUAGCUGAUUAAAUAGAUUUUUUGUGUGGUGUCCCAUUUAGCUCCAUGAAGGCAGAGUCCAUCAUGUCUUUUAUCCCUAAGAAUCUUAGUAGAUUCUCAAUAAAUACUGAUUGGUAGUAGGACCAACAUUUUGGUGAAUUCCAUUUUUUUCUCCAGGAAGUUAGAGAAACCUGAGUGUGUCUGUGGUCUGGGACCCUCAGGAGAUUUCUUUUACGGGGCUCUGGGAGGAGGAGGAAGGAUUAUAUCUUUUCUCAACUGGAGGAUGUGGUUCAACUGGAGGAGGUGGCUGAGAUUCUGGUUCUCUCUGGGACCCCAGUUAGGCCCUGUAUCCUGAUUCUCUGUCCUAUUUUUAGAGUGAUGUAAUGGAAAGUCAUAUGGAAAUUCAGGCUCCUGGUCUCUUUUGUGGACGUGAGACCCUCAGCAAGUGUUGACGAAGAACCACCUUUCAUUGAGCACUAGGAACUAGUAAAUGAUUUACAUGUAUUGUUAACCUGUUUAACAUCACAAUACCUCUGAGGUUACUUACUAUUGUGACCACUGUACAGAGGAGAAAACGAGGGUUCAGAGGAUUUAAAUGUUAGCUCUCCAUGAUGACUGCUAUUUGUGGGACCGAGGCUACAGAGCCUUGCCCUCUGAAGUUUACAGUCUAAUGCUAAAGACCUGCAGUAAACAAUUAAAAAAACCAUGUAAUUUAAGGCUGAUGCUGUGAAGAGAAAUAAUGCUUGAAGGAAAACAGUGGAAGAAUCGGGACCAGUCUGCCAUUUUAGGGGGAAUAAUCAAAGAACAUCUCAAUCAGGGCAGAUUUGAACAGAAACUUAAAUGGAGUGAGGGAAUUAGCCUUGUGGAUAAUCGGGAGGAAGCGGCAGAACGAUAACAAGGGCAGGGCCCUGAUGCAGUAGAGAGUUGAGCUUGUUCAGGCAACAUUAAGAGGGCCCAUGCAGCUUGGACCAAACGAGCAAGAGGAGAGUGGUAGUUGCUGGGGUGAGAAGAGGGUCCAGGGUCAGAUCAGGUGAGGCCUUGAAUGUAGGUCAUCAUAAAAGAGUCUGGAUUGUGAUCUGAUGUUUUCUACAUACAGACAAGAUCUGUCCUGCUUUCAGAUCCUGUGGCUUUAGUGAUACCACGUCAAGCCAUUCAAAUCAGGAAGCCUGUUGCAGGGGUUCUGUAGAAGACUUGAUUUGCACAUUUAGAUACUCUUUGGGGUGAAGCCAUUUACGCCUGCUGAUUUUUUUUUUUUUCAAGAGGGCAGCUAACUGCAGCCGUAAGAGCCAUGGCCAGGCCCUUCUGCUGCCCUGCUGUCUGUCAAAGCUGUGGUGGGCAUGGACUGUGUUUGCCAGUAUGUGGUAUGUGUUUAAAAGAAUGUUAAUCCCUACAAAGAGUCAUUUUGUGUUUUCUGGCACACCUGAUAAUUUUCAUCGUAUAACUCUCUUUUUCUAAUUUGCUCAAAUACUCCCUGUGCACCCCUGUAGAGAGUAUGACAACUCAGAGUGGUAAUAAAGUAUUGAUAACUGUGUGAGUUGUAGGAACAUGCCCCUUUUAAUAGAGGUGCAGUUGUAACCAAAGAAAUUCAAUUUCUCCUUUAGCAAACACUGACAUUUCUGUUUAAGAAUGACUGCUAGAGUAAAAGGCAAUAUGAAAAUUACCAUGUAUCAUGAAUACACUGAGCGUUCUCUUUGUAAUUGCUCAAAACUGAUCUAUGGCCAAAAUUAAAACCAUAUGAGUAUAUCAUAAAUCUUAAAUAUGACUGUGUUUGCUUCUAAUUCUGUUUGGAAUAAGGCUUCAAAUGCUUUCCAGAAUGAUGUGAGUAAAAAAUAAAUAGAAAAAGAGUUAUUCUGUGUUCCAGUUAUUUUAUUUGUGCAUAUCCAUUUCAAGAAAAAAAAAAAAAGAUUUUAAAAAUACAAUUCUGUCCCAGAAAUGGAUCCUUAUCCGCACAACCACUGAAGGAAAAAAAAAAAAAAAAAAGAAAUCAUG